CCGUAUACCAGCCAGUCAGCAGCACCCAGGGGCCCUUCAGCUGCUGCCUUGGGGAGGGGAUGCUGGGCUCCCUAGCAGCAUACAGCCGCUGACCCCCCACAUCAGGUCAGGUGCAGAUGACCCUGGUGCCAUCAGCACAUGAUCAGCGGCUUUCCAGCUCCCUGGCUGAGCUGGUGGCUGUGGCGCCUAUGUCGCGUGACGACGCCAAGUGCGAGGGAAGCGACCGGGAGCGGGAGCGGGAGCCUCCCGGGCGUUGUAACCUGAACCUGAACCUGAACCUGAACCUGAACCUGAAGCCGGGCGCUCUGAUGCUACCAUCGCUACCAUCGCGACCGGCGGAGGCCUCUGCCGUUAUUGAGCUGCAGCAGGGCGAGGGCACGGAGGCAGUGACCGAGGAGGCGGUGGCCAAGGAGAGCCGCCGGCUGAUGCUUGAGGAGGGCCGCAAGGGCCGCAGCGGCACCGCCGCCGCCGGCGACAACAGCGACAGCGACCGCGACAGCGAGGAGUAAUGGAGAGUGGUCGGUGCGGGGGAGGACGGGGAAGAACGGGCGUGCGCGCGUGAGGCGGUCUGGGCCGCGAGUGGCAGCAGGUUGACUUUGGGCUGCGCCUGCGCGUGAGGCUGGGGACACCAGCAGGUGCAGGUGCAGGUUUGGGGCUGCGCCUGUGGGUGCUGGGGGGCUGGGUGCCUCAGGUGCAGGUGCUGACGUGCUGUAACAAGCAGAGACU